GGCCAAAUGGGCGGGAAGUGAAAGGACGCCAUCUUCUUAGCGUCAGCCUACAAAAAGCGGCUUGGUUUUUGUGGACGUACUAAAACCAUAAAUUUGCAUUUAUUUUUCUCAUGUAUUUUGUGCAUAGUUUGUUGCAGACAAAAUACUUGACAUAAAGGAGCAUCUAACUUUCAAAGAUGUUUUACGCACAUUUCGUGUUGAGUAAGAAGGGGCCUUUGGCUCGCAUCUGGUUAGCAGCACACUGGGACAAAAAGCUCAGCAAAGCUCAUGUCUUUGAAACUGAUGUUGAAGACUGUUGUGAUAGUAUAAUCCAUCCUAAGGUAAAAAUGGCACUUAGAACAACAGGCCAUUUACUAUUAGGAGUUGUACGAAUUCAUAGUCGAAAAGCCAAGUAUUUGCUAGCUGACUGUAAUGAAGCAUUUGUUAAAAUCAAGAUGGCAUUCAGACCUGGUGUAGUUGAUCUGCCGGAGGAGAACAGAGAGGCAGCCUUUGCUGCCAUCACUCUGCCAGAAGUAUUCCAUGACUUUGAUACAGCCAUGCCAGAGAUAAAUGAUGCUGAAGUUCAGAAGCAGUUUACAUUGAAUCAAAGUCGUGUGGAAGAAAUCACGAUGAAGGAAGAUCUUGGCAACAUUACUUUAGGCCAUGAUGAUGGCUUUGGCAUGGGAGACCUUGGAUUUGAUCAUUCUGUAAUGCGAGAUGCAGGCAGUGGCGAAGACUCCCUUUACAAGCAUGGUGGGCAUGAUAGUACUCUAUUGGAAGUCUCCAAGAAAGGCAGUGCUAUUGACACCUCAUUGGAGAAGCAGAUGGAUAUAGAUCUUGAUCAACCAAUACGCUAUGAUGGCUUUGGCGGACAGAUAGGCACUAGUGAUCCUCUUAUUGGGGAUGGAUUCAUGACAGGAGCUAGUGACCUCUUUGAUGAACAUCCAGAGAUUCCUGCAGGGGAAAUUCAGCUGCGACCUGAAGAUGCCAUGUCAACAACUAGCUCAACAGGAAAGAAGGAUGACGAAGAUAAAGAAAGGGAAGCAACAAUUGCAGAAGUUGAAAGCCAGGAAUCAUCUGCAAACAAAGCGUCAAAUGAAGAAAAUUCCGAGCAGCAAUCAAAUGCUCCUGUAGAUCAAACAACACUUGUUGCCAAUGAAGAGGAGGCCUUUGCUCUAGAGCCACUUGACGUUACAGGUGUAAAAGAGAUCAGGCAUAGGAGAAAACGAAAGUUGAUUGUCGACGAAGUAAAGGAACUUGCUGGCGACAUCAUCAAAGCACAACUCAAAGACACAUCAGACAUUGUCACCACCUUAGAUUUAGCCCCGCCCACCAAAAAGCUUAUGCUAUGGAAGGAGACUGGUGGGGCUGAGAAACUCUUUGUUUUACCUGGCAGAUUACAUGCUUCAGAAAUAAUUUUGAGGAGUUAUACAAAGAAUCUCACUGCUGAGACUCCUAAAGACUUGCCAAAGAAUAUACCAUCUGAUCCUAUGGAAAUUGAAGAAACACACAUCCCUCGACAGAAAAGGAAACACAGUGAAAUUGAUGUGGCACCUAGAGAAUCUUUGCUACCAGCUGAGCAUAUCAUAGAAACACCACAACCACCAGAAGAGCAGCAACAGCCAGAGGAGCCUACCACAUCAAACGUUGAGGAUUUCACACAAGCAAGAAGGCCGUCAUCAGAUGAUGAUGAUGGCGGCUUUGAUUUCGGUGGUUACGAAGAUGAUGAUGAUGACGAUGAUGAUGUACCAGCCUUUGUUCCAUCAGCCUUACCACCUGUACAGAUUGUAGAUGAACCUGUAGUAGAAGAAGAAGAAUCAUCAGACGAAGAAGAGAAUGACGAUGAAACAACGGAAGCACGAACAGAACGAAAACUGAACAAGCGAGCAACACAGAUGUUAAAUACAAUUAAAAGGCAAUUUGAGAAGGAGGAGUAUGCAUACUUUGGAGAUCUUGUCAGGAAUAACAACAGAAAACAAGUAGCUGCCAAGUUCUAUUCAUUAUUAGUGUUGAAGAAACAACAGGAUAUUUGUGUAGAACAGAUUGAACCAUUUGCAGACAUCAGGAUAUCACGAGGACCAGCCACCCAAGUAGUAUUUUAAAUCUGAUUUCCCAGUUGAAGUUUUUAUCAAGUAUCAAUUCUAUAUCGCUUGCAGCUGUUCUAUUGUAAUGCACACACCGUUGAGCUUUAUCCCCACUAUAAAGUUUUAUGCAACAAAUAUCUGUGAUUUGCCCAUAUUUGUUCAUGGUGAUGUUAUAUCAUACCCGUAUAUAGACAAAUUACAUGUAUUUGUCACAUAAGCUUUGAUAUAUGGACAGAGGACAUCUGCUGCCGUCAAUCUUAUUCUUAUACAAUUGGAGGAUUACUUCAUCAGCUUCAAUGUUAUUUUCGCUCUAUUCCCAUAACAUUGUCCAAAUGCAAGUACAGUACAGUACAUCUGAUUGUAUACCUAUACUUUGGGGUAUAAAAAUACAUUAAGAAAAACUGAAGUGGUGGACAAGAGGAAAUACUGCCAGGGUGUAGGUGUGGUUGUUCCUGUCCAGUUAAAUUAGAAUUCUAUUGUCAAUGUCAGAAGUUCAGCAGGCAUGGAUAUAGAGUUUAACUUGCCUAAGUCGAUUUUAUUUUACAUGCCAAAUGGUUGUACUUUCCGUUAACAAUCUGUAAGUCAAAUUUUCUCCAAGUCGAACAAUUUUUCAGUGUCAUUUUGGAUUCGACUUAGGCAAGUUCAACUGUACGUAUAAUAGUUUAUUAAAAUAAUACAACUCUUCAUAUAAUGAUAAUUAUACUAGAAAUUGCCAAAAUGUUAUAUUGAUUGUUACGAUCAAAAUACUCCUGAGUAUACUAAUAACUUCCUACUAACACUAAACGAGAGUGUCUGUAUUUGGGAGAAUGUUUUCAUUUGGUUUUUUUUAUUCUUUCAAGUAUAGUUCUUCCAGUGUGAAGGGUGGUUGAACGCAGGUGCUUAACAUUAAUUAAAUAGAAUCCUGUGUCAUUAUCAAUUAAGCAUACCUGGUAUAAAGAGUUGUUUAAGCAUCAGUGUAAAAAGUACAAAAUUAUUUAAUAGGCUUGGUUAUUCAAAAUAGUUGGUUUUUCUGUAUACAUAUAAUCUCAUAUUUGUUAAUGUAUUACUGUAGUAUUAUAGUACUGAAUGUGAUAUGCUUUCAUGUUUACCUGUACAGUAAAAUGUAGUAAAAUAUUUUUGUUUUAUGUCCACUUUUUCACUCUUCACCUGGGAUUUGGACUUUGCUCAAUCGUGUGUGAGUGUACAUGUUAUGCUUUAAAGACUAGUCCCAAAAUGUCUAUAUUAGAAAGAGAUUAGUAAAGAGGGCCGGUUGUUAAGCAUAGCCUCUGUAUCGAAACAAUUUUUCUGUUGUAAAACUUUAUAUCGUAGGAAUUAAACUUUGUACAGAGUAAAUGUUAAAAUUGUAUAAAUAAAGGUUGUUGGACCCUAUGAAUUCUUGAUAAUGCAGAUACUUGGUUAAGGUGCACACGAGGGUCUAGGUUAAAAUAAUGUUAUUAAAAACUAGACAUUUAACAAAAUCAACUUGUGGUUUUGUUAACAUGCAUCGCUUCUUGACUUGGUUGCCAAAAUGUGUCAUAUAGUAUUUAUGUAGUGCUUUCUCAAUUUUACAAGUUACUGUACAUGCAAUGCAUACAGUAGGUUAACAUUAGGGGUAAACACUGUAAUCUCUGCAAUCAAAACAUUUCAGUCAUGGUUGUAUUAAUGAGUAUUCACCUGGUUGAUUUUUACCUGUUGGUGCUAACUUACCUGAAGUUAAUGGAGAUGAAAUGUUAAAGGCCAACACAAAUGAUAGUUGAUAUGAUUUGAUAUUUCUCGAGCAAUAUUUUUUGUGUUGAAAAAUGACCAUUGAUGAUAUUCGCGACCGUAUCUGAAUUUUUUUCAAAAAGUGAAUGAGAUUUUUUAAAAAGUGCAAUGUUUUUUAUAAGAGUACAGUUUUAAACUACCAUGCACUUUGAUAUGCAGAUUAUUAGUGGAAAUGCCUGUUAGUUUACAAAUUAAUUUGAUUUGCACAUCAGUUCAAUACUUUUGGUUUUCUUUUGUAUCAGAGAUUUAGUUACUCUGUCUCCAACUAGAAUAACUAAAUCUCGAUCACCAUGUACCCGUUAUUGAUGUGCCGUUUUUGUUGCAUGAUUUAAAAAUUGUUUCUUUAUCAAAAUGUAAAUAAAAUCAGAAAAUAUUGACCGCUCAGUAAUGUAUAUGAGUGGACAUCAUUCGCUAGAUUCAAUUGUCUUAAUAAAAUGUUUUAUGGAAAACUAUCAGUACAUGAA